AUGGUACUUAAGUUCGGUCCAGAUAAUCCUCCAAUUGUUAUUGACAACGGAACAGGAUUGUUGAAAGUUGGCUAUUCUGGUGAAAUGGAACCACGAGCAGUCGUUCCUAUGAUUCUCGGUCGACCCAAACAUAUGAAAGUCAUUGCUGACAGAAAUUCUGAUGAAUGCUUCGUCGGUGAUAUAGCCGGUGGUAAAAGAGGUGCAUUAACUUUAUCUUAUCCAAUGAUGAAUGGUAUUGUACAAAAUUGGGAUGAUCUAGAAACUAUCUGGCAACAUGUCUUUACCAAUGAACUACGUGUUCUUCCUGAGAAUCAUCCUAUGCUUUUGACUGAAACACCAUUGAAUCCUAAAGUAAAUCGUGAGAAAAUGGCGGAAAUUAUGUUUGAACAAUUUCACGCACCAGCAGUUUAUAUCUCAAUUCAAGCUAUUCUCUCACUUUAUGCUUCAGGUCGUACAACUGGUUUAGUAUUGGACUGUGGAGAAGGCGCUACACACUUGGUUCCUGUAUUUGAUGCGUAUGUUAUUCCGACGGCUAUUCACCGAAGAAAUUUAGCAGGACGUGAAGUAACCAACUAUCUUAAACAUUUACUCACUGAAAGAGGUUACAAACUGAUUACAACAUGUGAACAUGAAAUCGCUCGUGAUGUAAAAGAAAAUCUUUGUUAUGUUGCUAUGGAUUACGGAAAAGAACUACAGUUUAGCCAAGGAGAUAAAAAGUUGUACGAAAUGACGUAUCGUCUACCUGAUGGUCAGCUGUUAAAUAUUGGUAGUGAAAGGUUCCGUGCACCUGAAUUGAUGUUCGAUCCCAAGUUAGCUGGUUACGAAAUGAAUGGCAUUCACACUGCCACAAAUGAAACUAUACUGGCUUGUGGAAUGGAUGUCAGAAAGAGUUUUUGGUCAAAUAUUAUUCUUACUGGUGGAGGUACAAUGUUUCGUGGUUUCCCUGAACGACUACGUAAAGAAUUGCAUCGUCUAGCCCCAAAAGGUGCUACAGUAAAGGUGAUGGCAUCUCCUGAACGAAAAUACUCAGUAUGGAUUGGUGGUGCUGUUUUAGCCUCUUUAAGUACUUUCAAUGAAAUGUGGGUAACGAGAGAAGAAUAUAACGAAUUUGGUUUAGAAAUUGUACAUCAGAAAUGCGUUUAA